AUGACGCGAGAGUCUCAGGGUCAACGGGUCACUGGUCAGAUGACACAUUUGGAGAUCGAGCAAGAUGGAUCAACUUCCCAAACUCCAGUCUUCAUGUCCGGGAUGUCCAAGCUACCCUCGAAACCGGUGAUCUUUGACGAGUUCGGCAAAGAAAUAACCGGAACUGCCGGCCCUUUCAACGAAGGAGGCGACUUUAAGCUUAUUUGUUCCGUGAAGGGGGGCAAUCCUACACCAAGAGUACAAUGGUUGCAUGGCGAAACUGUACUCUCUUCACUGAGCGCGGGUGAAAUGCCAGUGGAUAACACUAGGUCAUUGACCCUCUUGAUCAGAAACGCAACUCGUGCACUCUUGUCGUCUGUGUUCACAUGCACAGCGGAUAAUACUUUGCUAUCUCCGCCACAAAGGGUCUCUGUGCGUGUAGAAUUGUAUUUGCGACCGCUGUCAAUCGAAAUUUUAUCAAGGGAGCAGCCCUUGUCAGUGGGGAGACAAGCCGAGCUUUGGUGCAAAUCAGCCGGUGCAAGACCUCCAGCAGUUAUCACUUGGUGGUUAGGUGGCAAAAAACUUGAGUCUAUAACUAAACAACAGGACUUAGAGGAAGGAAACGAGACUCAGUCUCUGUUGAAAUGGACACCUUCAAAGGAACAAAACGGAAAAAUACUCACUUGUAGGGCAGAACAUUCCAAGUUCAAUAGUUCAACGAUUGAGAGUAAAGUGCUACUUAAUAUUUAUUAUGUGCCGGUUGCUACAAUGCACCUUGGCGCGAAAAUGAACCCGAACGAUAUUGAAGAAGGAGACGAUGUGUACUUUGGAUGCGAAGUUGAUUCCAACCCCCCUGCUUAUAAAGUUGUGUGGGAACAUAACGGUAUUUUGCUUCAACACAAUCCUGCCAACGGAGUCAUCCUAACUGGCAACACGAACCUUGCACUACGUAAUGUGUCACGAUACCAGGCCGGUAACUAUACCUGCACUGCGUCGAACGUCGAAGGAGACGGAAAGUCACUUCCCGUACGAAUGAAAGUCGUUUAUAGACCCAUAUGUCGAUCGAAAGAUAUGAAAAUAAUAGGUGCAGCAUUACAAGAACCAUCGAAGGUGGAAUGCGAGGUGGAUGCUUUCCCUGCCCCAGACACGUUUGAGUGGAUACUUAAUAAUUCUGCCGGCUCAAUAAAAGUUGACCCUGAACGCUUUAACGUCAAUGGCCAAGCCGGAAAAUCGGUAUUAACAUAUGUCCCCGUAUCCGACACGGAUUACGGAAAGUUGUCGUGUCGUGCAACAAACCUAGCAGGACAACAAAUGUUGCCAUGCGUGUACACCAUACUGCCUGCAGCUAGACCUGAUCCACCGUCCAACUGCUCAGUAUAUAAUCUAACCGAUGAUUCGCUGGAUUUGACUUGCCUUGCAGGGUACGAAGGUGGACUUCGAUGUAUCUACGUAGCAGAAGUCUGGGCUAAUGAAGGUUUAGUAACAAAUUCAACAAAUGACGCUACUGUUUGGAAUCUUAGAAGACUUGGCGCUAAAAGACAUUUAAACAUUGUGGUAUAUGCCGCAAAUAGAAGAGGAAGGUCUGAACACGUCACAUUAACAGUAGAAACUGCCCCACAAUUAUCUCCUAGAACGGAAGCGCAAGAGGCAUGGGAAGUCAACUGGGCUGUCGGUGGUGUUCUUGGCGCUGCACUUACUGUCGCAUUCAUACUAUGUCUUGCGCUUAUCGCUUCAAGAUUACGACACAGCGCUAGAAAUUAUGGAGUAACAGUACAAUCAACGAAGAAUCAAAAUGUGACUCUCCAGAAGAGGUGCUCGCCAGACGAUUGUAAUCCGGAUCUCAUUCCGCUCAGUAAAACACUGUCACUUCGACCGAGUACCAAUGCGGCUGGAUGUAAUGGCGGCUCUCCAUCCGCAGUGGCGGCCCUCCAGCCGCAGUGGCGGCCCUCCAGCCGCAGUGGCGGCCCUCCAGCUGCAGUUGCUUCACUGACAACUGACCGUAACGAGAAGCGCGCCGAGGAAGACGCUUUGUCAGGAUUGGCCGACUUAGGAAACACACUUUUAAUUUGA